CCCGCAACGCAGAUCCCGCCCAGGCGCUUUCGCUUUCGCCCCAGUCCCGGGCCGGCCCGUGUCGCCAUGAAACGCUGCCGGGGCGCCCGGCUCCUAGCGGGGCCGCGCUGCUGCCAGAUCCAGAAAUAAAAUGAGUACUUCACAAUCAAUAAGAUGUACUUCUAAAUCAUGAUGGCAGUACUGAUUGGACCACUGAGUUUUUGUCAACUUGUGUACCUCAGCACUUUGACCACUACUUUGUUCAGCUUGCCAGAAGCAUCUGUGAUAAAUCCACCUCAGAAUUUAACAAUGAACUCUCAGAAUUUCGAGCACAUUUUAUCAUGGGAACCAGGAAGUAAUACAACUAUGCCAACAUACUAUGAUGUGAUGUACAUAGGUCUCAGUGGAUCAGAAAACAAAUGGAAAAUUGCUAAAGAAUGUUCAAAUACCACACGCCUCUUCUGUAACUUGACAAAGGAGUAUGAAGAAUGUACUUAUACCUACAUAGCAAUGGUUCAGAGCAUCACAGGACAUAAAGUAUUAAAUUCAUCUAUAUUUCAAUUCUCUCCAUAUACCACCACAUACCUGGGUCCACCAGCAGUUAAUCUUACUGCUUGUCCAACCUGCAUAAAUGUGACAGUAAAACUUCCAGCCACGUAUUUAAAAGGAAGUUCUUUAAUUGAUAUAUAUCACAAACUUGAUUAUACGAUAACAGUGGAAUCAUUUGAUAGAAAGGAAAAGAUUCCUAUUAAGAAUGAAACCUCUGAAGAAAGCUUUAGCUAUGUUGUUGGAAGCUUGCAUUCAAAUACAAAUUAUUGUGUGUCUGUUGCUGUGGCUGCAUCAUUAAACCAUCAUUCCACCCCUUCGGCCUUGAAAUGUAUAAUCACCAGGUCCAACACUCAACCAGGUUAUAGUAUAAUUCCAAUCAUAAAUGGUGGACUUGUUUCAUUGGUAAUAGGCAUCUUCCUACUAGGAUUGUAUAAAGGAGGUUUCAUUUGCUUAAAAAGUAAACCGUGGCCAAAAGCUUUGGAAACCACAAAUAAAUUACAUUGCUCAGUGCAUGAACCUGAUCCUGAAAAUGUGUGCUCUGUACAAAUCAUAUAUAAGGAGAUGGAAAAAAAGGAGUGGGAAUACAGUUCUGAUGAUGAUAGCGAAAGUGAUAGUGAAAAUUCUGGUGACUAUACCAGACGUGUCAUCUUGGGCAGAGACCCAAGUUCCCAUGCCAAAUCAAACACCUUCGUGCACCAGACUAUAGACUGUACAUCUGCAGAGAGUAGCAGUCAAGCAACUGAACUUCUGAGUUCUGACGCAGAAAAUUCUGAAGAGCAUCAAUCUGUCAUUAGAGAAAAUGAAAGCAUAAGUAGAGUAUUCUUUCAUCCUUCAUCUGAAGUAAACAGUUCCUCAACUUCUGAGUUAAGUAACAGUGCUUGCUUUAACAUAAACUUAAAUACUGUGAUGCUGGGAGACCCUGACAAGACCUGGGAUGAUUCUGCAACAUUAAUCUCCCACCAAAAGGAUGCAGUUGACUUGCAAGAUUCUAGUGCUUCUGAUGCACUUGAAUCAAAAAAUUUUACUAACACAGAUGUUAAGAAGCCAGAUUAUCAUAACAUCUCACAUGAAUGGCAAAAACCUAGUGUCUCGGAUGAAAGUGAUGCAUCAGAUUCUGAAUACAUAAGGAGAUGAAUCGGUGAAAGCAAGAACCACUUUAUAAAACAUGAAUAAACAAUUGGUCAUGUUUCAGAGUAUCUCUUUCUGGUUUGAACAUACAAUUCAGCUUCUGAUGAACUCUGCAUUUUUUAUAUUCUAAAUAUAUGCCUGUACAUUAUAAAAGCA